AUGCUUGGUCGUGCUGGAGGCUAUGGAGUCAGAGGGAGUGGCUGGCAAAGCGCCCAUACAACUUUUGAUGGUGGUGGUGACGCCGCUGGCAAUUUGGGGGGAAUGUGUGGUUAUGGGAACUUAUAUAGCCAGGGUUAUGGGAAAUUGUAUAGCCAGGGUUAUGAAACUAACAUUGUGGCUCUAAGCAUUGCACUCUUCAACAAGGGCUUGAACUGUGGUGCAUGCUAUCAAAUGAGGUGCAACCAAGACCCAAAAUGGUGUCUACCUGCCAUCACCGUCACCGCCACGAACUUCUGUCCACCUAACCAUGCUCUAGCUAAUAACAACGGAUGGUGUUGCAAUCCCCCUCUCCAACACUUCGACUUGGAAGAGCUUACUUUCUUGCAAAUUGUACAGUGGGAUCGUUCCGGUCCUCUACAGAAGGGUCACAGGUGUGAAGAAAGGAGGAAUGGGGUUCACAAUUAG